AUGAAUUCCAUUCUGAGAGAUAAAUUCCUUCAACAUGCUCCAAAUUCAAUGUUGGCACUCGUUGAAUCAGUGAAGGAAAUGAAUGAAUGUGGUAUUAAUGUUAAAGAUGUUCCAAAGAGAUCUGUAUUGGCUUGUGAAAUAUUAGAUAUUACCAAUGUUAAUACCCUCAUUUCUAAUACCAAAGAAGUGGCUUCAAAUCUUCAUCAUGUAAUAACAAUACCAACAACAAAUACAAAUUGUUGUUGUAGUAAUAGUGCAGAUGAGAAAUGUGCAUGUAAUGGUCAUCAUACAACAACAACAAUAUCAAAUAUGCCCAAUAAUCAUUGCACAUCAUCUAACUAUCAAAAUGGUAGUUGUAAUCUAUCGUCGCCUACUUCUCCUUUUGGAGCAUGUUUUACAUCAAAGUUUACUUUACAAAAGAAGAGAAUUCCAAAAAGAUCAUCACCUCCAACCAUACAAUCCUCAUCAACUGCUACAUGUUCCUCAACUAACAUGCCAUUCACAAGCUACUAUAACAGUGGGGCUGUGUAUUUUGAUCAACCAACAACUCAAAUUUCAGAACAAAAUCUGAAGAGAAAGCAUUCGAAUGUGAAUGUCAUGCAACAUGAAACUUUGAUUCCAAGAACAUGCAAAUUUCAUGCAAUUGGUUCACCUCAAUCACCUUCAACAUGUUCCUCUUCUAAUACUAACAACACAUUUGAAUAUAAUAAUCAGCAGCAGCAACAACAGCACGAUUCAAAGAAGAGAAAGAUUGUUGAUACAUCAUUCCACCUCUCCACCCAAUAUUCCACAACUGCACACAGUUCUUCCUAUGUUUUAGUACCAAAUUCGUCACCUCCUCCACCUGUAUAUUAUCCUUCUCCUCCAAAUACUCCUAAUACUCCACCUCCUCCUCCUACCAACUCAUUCUCAUCAUUCAACACUUGUUUAUCAUUACCCUCACCAACUCUAUCACCAUGUAAAUUACCUCCAAUAAGAGAUUUACUCAACUCUCUGCAGUAUCCUUCCUCAAUAUAA